UAGCAUUAGGGAUUCGAUUCAAAGAGGUAGCUUGGCGAUCGUUUCGAUCGAUUGUUGUUUCAGUCCGAUUCCUUUUGGCUCUCGCUCUGAAUCUGGGUCUUCUUCUCGACGAUUUCGCUCGUUUUCUUGCCUUUUGCAGGUUCCGAUCUUGAGCUGAAAUGGCGACCGAGACGAAAGCCGCGACGGAAGAGGCGAAGAUGGAUCUGUUCGAAGACGACGAUGAGUUCGAGGAGUUCGAAAUCAACGAAGAAUGGGAGGAUAAGGAAGAAGGGAAAGAAGUGACUCAGCAGUGGGAAGAUGACUGGGAUGAUGAUGAUGUUAAUGAUGAUUUUUCGCUGCAGCUGAGGAGGGAGCUUGAAAACAAUGCUGAGAAGAACUGAGACAUUUGGAGAAAUAUGCUUGCUUCAUUAUGUUUCUCGUUCUAAACUUGAAAGAUGAUUCCUUGCCUUCUCUUUCUUUUCCCCUUUUUGAGAAUUUUAGCAAACUUCUGAGUCUGAAGAAAUGGAAUUGUGAACAGGAUUUGCCUUCGAGCAGUGCUUCGCUCGAAUGCACAAUUGUACUGAUAGAGAACUCAAUUCUCUGUCUUCUGAUGAGGAUUUGAGAAGCAAUCAAAAGCGCACGAGUUCAGAUCCUAUUCAGUGGGUCUAUAGCAAUAUA